AGCAAAAAUCAGUAGAGACCAAAAGGACGGACACAAAUAUCCAUAACAAAUUAUUUUUAAAACUUUGCUUUUUAGAAACGUAAUUAUGAUAUUGGGGUUCACGGCUGAACUGAUUUGCACAUUGACAUGAUUCGAUACUCAUAAAUUCGUGGAACCAAAGAAACGCUGUAAGAAGCAUAAAAAAUGGCAUUAUAAACAUGUUUCUUAUUGUUUUGUUCACCAGUACAGUUUUACUUCAUCGCAACAAAGAUAAUUUUUCUGAUGACAUAUACAGUGAGUGUGAAGUUAACAAAAAUACCAACUUUUCGCAAACUCUUAGUCGAGUUUUUUGGCAUUCUGCGCUGAUGGCUUUUACAAUUUGAGCUUCCUCGUCAUUCCAGUAAGUUACACGGUGCGUUUUCAUAGUUUCCUUACGUUUCAGUCGAGUUGUUUUUUUGAGCUGAUUUAUAACUACAGUACGUACAAGUCCGCCGAGCAAAAUGCGGCCUCAGAAAGCGCGCUCUCGGCAUCGGUCACCAGGCGGCGCCACGGAGACUCCGGGAGCCCGUGAUCGCGCGAGGAGGAGGAGGAGGACGACGAGGAGAGGGGAGAGAAGAGAGAAAAAAAAAAAAAAAACAGUCCACCUCCUUUUCCUUUUUACCCAAAAUGCUCGAGUACGACACGGCGACCAUGGAGCGCCUUCGCUGUCAUGCGACGAGACAAUAAUCCAGUUUAAGACGCCGCGCGCGCGGUGCGGGCGCGGGGGGGGGUCGCGGGCGGUUCGCGGAGACCCACGGAGGAAUACCGACGAGCAGAGCGCGCGGAAAACAUGGCUGGGGGAGACGAGGACGGAGGGGAUGUCGCGCGCGGCAAGGCGAAGCCCCGCGACGGGGCCGGCAGUGGUGGCGGUAGCGGCGGCGGCGGCGGCGGCGGCACGUCUGGGUCCGAGGGCUUCAGGAACGGCUACGUGAAGGGCUGUGUCACCCCGCUGAAGCAGGACACGCGGCGCGGGGCUCUGGGGGCGGUCCUGCUGCCCCUCUGCAGGCUGUGCGACGCGGGGCCGCCGGGUGCUCGCCGCGGGGCGCGAGCCGUGUGCGUGGGCGCGCUGGCAGCCCUCGCGCUGUCCCUGCUCGCCUCCGGCAGCCUCGUCUCCCGCGUCGUCAGCGAUGGCGGCAGCGGCGGCGGCGCGCUGCGCACUAGUCUGGACCUGCGGACGCUGCUGGACGCGUCGCGCUCCGUCAGCCCGCUGUUCAGCAUCGGCUGCGCGUUCUUCUUCCUCACGUGCUACCUGCGGCGGCGCAGGAGGGAGAGUUACAGGUGCUGGCUCGUGUCGCUGCCCGCCUCAUGCUUCCUGGGGGACUUCGCCGUGCUGCAGCUGCUGCAGUGGGGCGACGAGCAGCACGUGCACAUGCUGGGCCGCCUGUUCUUCGUGCUCGGCUGCGUGGGGCUGCUCACGCUCGUGCCCGCGCUCAAGCUCCAGCACAGCGUGCUCAUCCUGGUGUUCGCCAGCUCCGUGUGGCUCGUGUCCUGCACGAGCCUGGGCGCGCUGCCGCAGCCCGCGAGGCCGCUGCUCGCGUGCCUGGCCGGGGUCACCGGCGCGCUGUUCGCCAUCUGCUUCGAGAGCUACCAGCCGUGGCGCGAGGCGCCGCACAGAGCUUCUGCGGCCGAGGAGAAGGUACCGGUGAUCCGGCCGCGGAGGCGCUCCAGCUGCGUCUCCCUGGGGGAGACCUCUACCGCGUACUACGGCAGCUGCAAGAUGCCCCGGCGACCCUCGCUGCCCUGCAUUUCCCGAGAGCAGAUGAUCCUGUGGGACUGGGAUCUGAAGCAGUGGUACAAACCGCAGUAUCAGGGCGCAGUCAGCGGGAACGGAGUGGACCUCUCCAUGAUCAACGAGGCAAGGAACCUUGUGUCGGACCUGCUGGCCGACCCCUCGCUGGCUCCGCACACAGCCGCCUCGCUGCGCGCCAUCAGCAGCCUCAUGAGUACCUUCUCAGGCUCCUGCAGGCCCCGUGUCAACCCCUUCACGCCUUUCCCCGGCUUCUACCCCUGCACGGAGGCCGAGGACCCCGGCGACAGGAGCGAUCGCAAGCCACACAAGGUGAUGAACAGCAGGAACAGCCUGCCCACUCCGCAGCUGCGCCGCAGCUCGGCCACCUCCACCCUCCCGCCCCUGGAGUCGGCCGCGGCGCGUUGGGAACGCAGCAACGGCAAGAGGCCUCAUACGGAGCUCACUGUGACCAGCCAAGGGUCUCCCCCAAAUGGACCCAACGCCAAUCUGCUCACCAUCCCCAAGCAGCGCUCCUCGUCCGUGUCCCUGACCUACCACGUGGCACCGCGGCGCGCCGGCACCUCCCCCAGCCUGAGCCCUGUGGCAUCUCCUAGUCACAGUCCUCCUUCGUCGGGCGCUGGCCUGGUGACACGCUCCCCCAUCGAGUUCCCUGACACAGCCGACUUCCUCACCAAGCCCAGCGUCGUGCUGCACAAGCCGCUCACCGGGACUCUCAGUUCCCCCGAUCUGCAGGCGCAGAGCCGCAGUCUGGGUAUACUGGUCUGCUGCAGCUGUGGUCGUCAGAUGCUUAAGAGCACACCCAGCGUGGACGCAGCUGAGAUCCUGCUGCCGUCAACCCCAGAAGUGCAGAGCCGCUGCUCAGGUGAAGGGACAGACUGCCCAGGCAGUGGCCUUUUCCAGGCCAAGGGCACAAAGGUGGAAGGGGAGAAAGCCCUAGACCAGGGGGAUGCAGAGCAGCAGCCUAAGAAGGAGGAAACGAGUCCAGAGACUGAGAGUGAUGACGACUUCCUGCUGGACCCUCUGCUGGAGGAGCAGGAAGUCCUCAUGGAGAGCAUGAACAGUUGGAACUUCCAGAUCUUUGACCUCAUGGCGAAGACAGGAGGGAAGACGGGGCGGAUUCUCAGCUAUGUGACCUACACGCUGUUCCAGGAUACCGGCCUGUUUGAAAUCUUCAAAAUACCUGCUCGCGAGUUCAUGGCUUACUUCUGUGCUCUAGAGAACGGCUACCGGGAUAUUCCAUAUCACAACCGGGUCCAUGCCACAGACGUCCUUCAUGCUGUGUGGUACCUGACGACCAGGCCUAUCCCAGGGUUCCAGCAGGUGCCCAAUGAGAACGUGACCGGGAGUGACACGGACUCGGACAGCGGCAUCUCCCCCGGCCGCGUGGCCUACAUCACCUCCAAAAGUUGCACCAUCCCUGACGACAGCUAUGGCUGCCUAGCGUGGAACGUCCCUGCGCUGGAGCUCAUGGCGCUGUAUGUAGCAGCAGCGAUGCACGACUACGACCACCCAGGUCGCACCAACGCCUUCCUCGUAGCCACGAACGCACCCCAGGCGGUCCUGUACAACGACCGCUCGGUCUUGGAGAACCACCACGCUGCCUCUGCUUGGAGCCUCUACCUGUCCAGGCCAGAGUUCAAUUUCCUGGUCAACCUGGAUCAUGUGGAGUUCAAGCGCUUUCGCUUCCUGGUUAUUGAGGCCAUCCUCGCUACUGACCUGAAGAAGCACUUUGAUUUCUUGGCCGAGUUCAAUUCCAAGGUCAACGAUGUGAACAGCCCAGGAAUUGACUGGGCGAAUGAAAAUGACCGGCUGUUAGUCUGCCAAGUGUGUAUAAAGCUGGCUGAUAUCAAUGGGCCAGCCAAGGUCCGAGAUCUCCACCUCAGAUGGACCGAGGGCAUUGUCAAUGAGUUUUAUGAGCAGGGAGAUGAGGAGGCCAGCCUUGGCCUUCCCAUUAGCCCCUUCAUGGACCGCUCCUCACCCCAGCUGGCCAAGCUGCAGGAGUCCUUCAUCACGCACAUUGUGGGGCCGCUGUGCAACUCGUACAACGCAGCUGGACUCCUGCCCGGGUACUGGAUCGACGAGGAGCGUUCUGACGAAGACGACGAGGGCGAGACGGAGGAGACGGAGACGGAGGACGAGGAGCUGGAGCUGGAGAUUGAACCAAAAAGGAGGAAGGGUCGGCGCCGGCUGUUCUGCAACAUCUUGCAGCACCUGACAGAGAACCACAAGGUGUGGAAGAAGACGAUCGAGGAAGAGGAACGCAGCAAGGAACUGAGCAAGCAGCAGCAGGCGGACGGCUCGGCUCCGCCUCCGGCGCCCGACGACAUCCAGGUUAUCCAGGAGGAGGCCGAGGAGGAAGAGCGGCAGUAGCUGCAGGCAGAGGAGGGGCCUGGGAGCCCAAGGUUCAAGACGGAGGGUGGAGUUGGGACACGGCAGGCCACCCCCUUGCUGGACCCCCUUUGCACACCGAACUGUCACUGUGCUGAGACCUGGACGGGCGUCGAUGUGGCAGCAGCCAUGUUGAGAAAAAAGGCCUUAUUACUGUGAGCAGACUCUCGCUGCAACAGUGGGAGCCCCACUCCUAUGCACUCUCACCCCAUGGAGAAAAGAAGAAAAACUGACAAACGAAAGAGACACGCACAGUUCAGUCAAUGGAAGCUGUGCGCGUGGAAGCGAACGUGUGCGUGCAUGCGUGUAUGUGAGUACGAGCGUGCGUGCGUGCGUGUGUGUAUGUGUGUGCGUGCGUGUGUCUGCGUGUCUGUAUGAGACCUGAAGCAGGGACUUGCCCUCCAUGGUGUAAAGUUACCUAGCUGUGACGCUGCCUUGUUGACGCAGAGCGCUUAAUUCUCCAUUAGGUACUAUGACAAUAAUAGUUAUUUUAAAGAAAUAACGCCCCACCUCGACCCCCAUCCCCCACCACCUUUGACCCUGACUGACACCAGUUACCAAAGUGAACCGUUCAAAUGUAAGAAGACGGGUGAUUCUGAGACUUAUUCAGCCUUGCUGUCAGAUAAAAAGAAGCAGAAAAAGAUACAUAUGUAGGAAUAUAUUUCAAAUGUGCCUGUAUGAACUUUUUUGUGGACCCCCUGCGGUUGAAACCACGGACCGUAUGAAGAGUUUGGACGAUGGCGGACUCCCAGAAGUCUCCCUCAUGCUGGGCGACACGAAAACGCUGUACGACGGGCCGUGAGCGGUGGAACUCAUUUGAGUGCUGACUUCUUGACCGAACGCAGACUCUCCAUAUGCAUCGUUUCGAUGCUCUUAAUUAAACUUAAAAAAAAAGAAAGAAAAAAAAAAAAAGACAGGUCACAGAUUUUUUUUUUUUUUUCUGUUCUAUCAGGAACACACCGGCUAAUCACAUGAAUUUGUUCCAUCACUGUUUGCCAUACUGCAUACAGGACAGGAAUACUUGUUCCAAUGAAGGGAUGUUUUUUUUUUUUUGCGUUUUUAAUUAUUAUUGAUAAAUAUAUUUUUUCACACUUACUCAGGAUCCACAUUUAGAUCAGUUUUUUUUUUUUUUUUUUUCCCCCCCAGCCCAUGAAGCCAUGAUUUGUCAUGCUCUUGUUUGUGGAAGAUAUAUGGGUGUACGUAUGAAUACGUAUGAGUGUGUGUAUAAUAUACACAUGCAAACACACACGUGUUUGAAACAGUUUUUAUUCUUUGUACGAACAACUUGCUGCAACUGCAUUUCAGCCCUUUUUCCAGCACUCCCGUUCUGCAAUGGGCUCGACACCCUUCGCUCAUCUGGUUUCCCGGCGAAGUUGCGAAGCGACUCUGUCCCUUGAACGUCAUUCUGCAGCAGCUUCAGGAGGAACAUCUCCAAAAGCUUGCCAUCUGCCGCCCCGGUGACCAGAGUCAUACAUCGAAUAAACCCUCUUGGUGGAGUCGCCCAUCGGUUGGGUGUUCUGCGCUUGGAUGCGUCCCUGUAAACUCACGAUUUUUUUUAAGUAAAUUUAUUUAAAUUUGCUCUAAUUGAGUUGAUAUUGUUUUAAUGCAAUACAUAAUUUGCCAAACAUUUGAUCGGCCAGCGUUUGGACUUGCAGCGAGCCCUCCCUCACCCCAUCACAUUUCCUCCUUUGGAAAGGCGAUACAGGCAUUUAGAAAAAAUCACACACGCGCAUUUGCCCCAUUUUUCCGCACCGUAGGGCAGGUAAAAUGUUGUUUUGUGUGUUAUUUUCCAAGGCAAGAACUCUAGGCAUUCCACUUGUCCAGGAUCAUUGUGGGGGAACGGACCAGGCCGGUAUGCUCCAAGUCCUUCACCACGUUUCACGGUCCUUUGGUCAGGGGAGGAAAGUUCUCAAGUAGGCAGUGUAAAUCAAUCUAGUAUAUUUAAAAGUGCACCUUUUACUACCAAACAAGUGUUUAACCUCUGCACAGAAAGAAUAUCUGCAUCUAUAUUUUUUUUAGAUAAUCAAUCGUAUCAGAGUGCAUCUGUUUUAUAUUUGCAGCUGACAUGUUGUACAUAGGGAAUCUGUAAUUAUCAUCUUGUUUCCAGAGUUUUUAUCUAAUACUAUUUUACGGAUGUGAAGUCUGCUUUCCAGGGGGUCCCUGGACUUUUCCUUUCUUGUGCGAUGUCUACGUGUUCCUGGCCAUAACCACUCUGUGUCCCGACCAUCUCGUUCCACUCAGUGCUGUCCUCUAGGCCAUGCCAUCGGUGCCAAACCCUCUCCGCCGUCACCUGUGCAUGAUGCAGCUGGGCAGUUUUCCCACAAUGCACUGCGGCGGACGCUACCUACUCGGAAAGGGGAGGGAGCGCAAGGAAAUGCAACGCGUCGAGGGUGCGUCACCUGGACGUUAGGCCACAGUACAAGUAUUUAUACUGACAUGGAUGGUGGUGAUAAUGCAACAGUAAGAAUAACAGAAGUCAUUUUCCAGUUGAUUCCUCAGAUGCAAGAGAGCUCAGCUGCGACACUUUGAUCUAGCCACCCUCCCCCCCCAACCAUUGUGCUCGUUAUGUUGUGAAAGCUAAUUGUUUUUUAACCUCUCACUGUCUCAUGAACCACAGUCUUCUCCAAUGUUCUUCUCAUGAAUACAUUUAUGAAUGAGACCUCUAUGUAGCACCUAAAUAUGUAUGUCUGAUGUAACCAUUCGAUCUUCUGGAAUAUGUGUGGGGAGAAUCAUUUUUAUUGUUAUUUAUAGCUGUCAUAAAACGCCAUCCCUGA